CUCACAGCCUGAGGACCUUAGUGAAGACUCCCAGUAUGCAGGUCGUGUUCAGGUCCUUGAAACAGAGAGAGGACGCUCCACUCUGAGAAUCACUGACCUGAGAGAGAGCGACUCAGCUGAGUAUCACUUCAAAUUCAACACAUGGAGCUUUGAAUGGAGGAGUAGUUUACCUGGUACAACUCUGACUGUCACAGAUCUCCAGGUUCAGGUGAUCAGAUCAACAGUCUACAAGAAUUAUACUGAGGCAGAGCUGCUUUGUCACAGCAGCUGUCGUCUUCCUGAUCGUUCUUCCUACGUCUGGUUCAAGAAUGGACAGAAAAUGGAAAGCGUGGAGACAUCUUCUUAUAAAGAUCAGUUUUAUCCUGGAGACAUCAUCUCCUGUGCUGUAAAAGGACAUGAGGAUUUCCGCUCUCCUUCAGUGUAUGCUCCAAAGCUUCCCUCUGUGUCAGUGAGUCCCUCUGCUGAGAUAGUGGAGGGCAGUUCAGUGACUCUGACCUGCAGCAGUGAUGCUAACCCAGCAGCUAAAUACACCUGGUACAAGGAGAACCAAACACUGCUCAGUGAAGAACCACAGCUUGUCUUCAGCUCCAUCCAGUCCUCUGACUCUGGAGAGUAUUACUGUGCAGCUGAGAACCAGCUGGGGAGGAGGACAUCUGAAUACAUCAUUAAUGUGAAAUAUGCUCCAAAGCUUCCCUCUGUGUCAGUGAGUCCCUCUGCUGAGAUAGUGGAGGGCAGUUCAGUGACUCUGACCUGCAGCAGUGAUGCUAACCCAGCAGCUAAAUACACCUGGUACAAGGAGAACCAAACACUGAUUCAGGGACCAGAGGACAUUUAUCAUUUCACCUCUAUCAGCUCUAAGGACAGCGGGAUCUACCACUGCAAGGCUGAGAAUGAGUAUGGCCAGAUCAACUCCACAUCUGUAUCCAUAGAUGUCCAGUAUUCUCCAAAGCUUCCCUCUGUGUCAGUGAGUCCCUCUGCUGAGAUAGUGGAGGGCAGUUCAGUGACUCUGACCUGCAGCAGUGAUGCUAACCCAGCAGCUAAAUACACCUGGUACAAGGAGAACCAAACUCUGCUCAGUGAAGAACCACAGCUUGUCUUCAGCUCCAUCCAGUCCUCUGACUCUGGAGAGUAUUACUGUGCAGCUGAGAACCAGCUGGGGAGGAACUCCACAUCUGUAUCCAUAGAUGUCCAGUAUGCUCCAAAGCUUCCCUCUGUGUCAGUGAGUCCCUCUGCUGAGAUAGUGGAGGGCAGUUCAGUGACUCUGACCUGCAGCAGUGAUGCUAACCCAGCAGCUAAAUACACCUGGUACAAGGAGAAUGAAGACUCACCAAAAGCAUCAGGACAGAACUUCACCAUCACUGACUUCAGAGCUGAACACAGUGGGAAUUAUUACUGUGAAGCCCAGAACAGAAGAGGACGUCAUAACUCCACCUUACAUCUGAUUGUUGUGGCAGGUUCAUUGAAAUUUCCAGUUGUUCUAUCAGUCAGUGCUGUUGUUCUGGUCUUCAUACUUCUUCUCUCUGUCUUCAUAUGGAUUAGAAAGAGCUCCUUGCAAAAACAACCUGAGGCUGAUGAGACACCACACAACAGAGCAGAGCAGACAGAUGAAACUCAGGAUGCAACCAUACGAUUCGUAAGAAACCAGGCAGAGGCUCUCUACUCCAACAACAGCCCAGCUCAGCCCCUCAGAAACGAGGAGGAGGUUGUUUACGCGGCCCCCAACUUCAACAGUGCCGCAGGAACAAGGCCUCAAGCAGCUGUGGAGGAUGUAUCUGCCCUGUACAGCAGAGUUAGUAGACGACACUGAGUGUGGUGACAACAUGGAUCUGUGGUCUGUAUUUAUGCAUGGACUUUCUAUGCCUUUUCUUAGCAGGUGGCCCCAUUUGAUUUUUCCUCAGGACAGACUGGGCCAAGAAUGCAGAAUCAAGGCAGCAAUAAUCAUUUAUACAUCGAUUAUAUUAAUGAAGGACAGAUAGAUUAAAUAUUAGACACUUCUCUGAUGGUUUAAACAAAACUGGACAUUUAAACCUUUGUGAAGAAUUUAUUACAGGACUGUUGUGUUAAACUGCAUUACUUUAGCUCCGUCUACCAUUUUUUCAGGACUUUACAAUUUUGAUUAUUAUAU